UAUCUCAUAACCAGGAAAUGAAGUGGUGGAAAUCAAAACAAAUCCACAAGCUAAGGCUAACCAAAGAGUAAUCCUGUAUUUCUUGUAUUGUCUGGUAUCGUUAACAUAUUUAAGAUGGAUGAAACGCUCUUCCAACUAAAGUUCACAGCUAAACAACUCGAGAAACUAGCCAAGAAGGCAGAAAAGGAUUCGGAGAAGGAACAAGCCAAGGUCAAGAAGGCUCUUCAACAGAAGAAUGUGGAAUGUGCCAGAGUCUAUGCUGAGAACGCCAUACGGAAGAAAAAUGAGGGGCUUAAUUGGCUGCGUAUGGCUUCCCGCGUGGAUGCUGUUUCCUCUAAAGUUCAAACAGCCAUCACUAUGAAGGGGGUGACUAAGAACAUGGCCCAGGUUACAAAAGCUCUGGACAAAGCUCUGGGCUCCAUGGACCUGCAGAAGGUUUCAGCUGUCAUGGAUAAGUUUGAAACCCAAGUCCAGAACCUGGAUGUUCACACCUCGGUGAUGGACGACGCCAUGAGCUCGGCCACCACGCUGACCACGCCGCAGGAACAGGUGGACAGCCUGAUCCACCAGAUAGCGGAGGAGAGUGGCCUGGAGGUCAUGGACCAGCUGAACCAGCUGCCGGCCGGGGCAGCCUCCCUGGGUGGGGAGACCUCCAGCAAACAGGACAAGGAGGACCAGCUCUCCCGACGGUUGGCUGCACUUCGGAACUGAGAAGAUAUAACAGAAAUAGCGGUUGGGCUAUAAAUGGUCACCGUGGGAGACAGACCAAAUUAAAGGCAGCACUGGACACACACAUUGUGUGUGUGCGUGAGUGAGUGGCGUGCGUGAGUGAAUGUGUGUGCGUGUGUGUUUGUGUGCAUGGGUGAAUUUGUUGAGGUGUUAUAACUGUUGGUACUUAAUGAGCCUAUUGAUUGCCUUCCCCUUGGUCUAUAAAUACACUUCCACACACUGGCCAGGAAUAACACCUGAGAAGGCACAACUCCCGGCAGUUUCCCACUCUCUCUGUCUCUCACGAGGACCCAUUUGCAAUUCAAUCCAUCUCCUCUCUGUUUGGCACCUUUUCUAAUACCCCAUUUGCCCUCCUUUUACCUUUUGGCUGAAAGAGAGGCCCUAUUGUUUGUCUUCCUCAAUUCUACUGGCACUCAUCUCCUCCCAGUCACACUACGUUCACCCAGAAACAUACACACACACAAAACAUGCAUAGAGAAGACUAACACACGCCCUCGCUAACAAUCACAACUAUGUUUUUGGGCGUUUGCUUUAACAACCUCCUUACAAUACGGGAUGAGAAUGCGAGUAGAUGUAGUAUAUAUAGAUAGGGAGGUUACAGGCUAUACUAUACUUGGGUGCAUAUGGUUUGAAGUUAAAUAUGUAUUUUUGCCCCCCUUGAUGUGUUUUGGUCUUCUGUCAACCUGCGGUUUGACAGAUGUCUGCUUGUAUUGGGUGAGGGUAUGAAGAGGGCCACUCUCAUUCUGUCUAUCAAAACUGCUCUUUAAGUGUUGACGAGACCAGUCAAGACGUGAGGAAUUAAAAAUAAAUAAGGUGCAUAUAAUACAAAUAUUAAUUGUAGGUGUGUAAGCCUCAAACCAAUAUAACAGCUAAUACCUUAGUGGUAUUUUUUCUUUCUUCUUCGUUUGUGUCUUAUUUUCAUGGUUUGUUGUGGGUUUCUCUGUAUAUUUUCUCCUUUGUUUUCAUACAUUUAUGUUGUUUUUCCUGCUGUCCACGUGGCAUGCCUUACUCAGGGUGCAGGUGCUUGCAUCGGCACUUUGUCCUUCUGUGCCUGAAGAGCAGCCUUUUAGGAGGCUAACAAUAGUUGGCUGAAGCAUUGAAUGCUGUUGACUGCCAUUUAUCAUACUGCUGCAUGUCGCUGUCAAGAGGGUUCAAAUGCAUUGGGAGAAAUGUAAGACCAAUACUGAUUUUAAAAUAAAUUCUCCUUACAAGCGAAGGUAUAGGCUAAGUGUCACAGGCCAAAGGGGACUUUUGUGUGGACAUCUUUUUGUUUUUGUUCUGAGGACAUCGGUUUUGCUAAAAGAUCUUAGAUUCCUUGACUAACAUCUCUCAAAGCUAUUUCUUGGAAACCGGUCCCAGUCUCCACAUCUUAUUUUCUGUUGAUUAUAUUUGCUGUAUCUCAUCUUACCAGUUGGCACCUCUUUUCCACACAUAUUGAGAAAUAUAUGUCAUUGAAUGUGUACCACUAAACAACAGAAAUCAAGAUGCAAAGUGUAUUAAAUUUUAGCUGGGUUGGUGUUGAUUGUAUUUUGACCAGGACCUUUCCACAAGGUUUGUUCUCUGUUUGGGGACAUUAACCCCGCUGGCACAGAGACAUAACAGAGAACACGGAUCACCUUUGGAGUAUAUCCUUUGCUUUGAAUAUGGGAAGGGUUAUUUAUACUCACCAUUACAGACCUCCCAGUGCAUUUGUUUUAUAUAUUUAUCUUGCUAAAUAAAAUCAAUUUCCCUCC